GUAAAUACUGUAAUGCAGUCGAUAUGCUUACGACGUUGUAAUCGGACGACUGAAAAAACAAACCGAUCAACAUUUAAACAAACAAAAAACGGUAACCAAGGUCUUCGGCUAUCUCCGUGAGCCCCCUACGCUUUGCGACGUCAUCUUCGACAGCUCCGCCUCCCGCCCGCCUCUUCUCUCGUUAGUCGAGCCACGCCGCCAUUUUACGCAGAAGAGUUUCAUUUUUCAGCGCGGCUAUAGAGGCAGGAGCGUGAGGGGAAAAAAAAACAGUCUCCUCUCUUAUUAUUUCUUUGUAAAUGUGGAAUGAAAUUAUUCAGAACUGAACAUUUAACUAAAAAACAAUAACCAACAAAAAAGCUCCAAAAACAGUGACGCAUAAACCAGUAUACACCGAGUUGUAAUUUUUUUUGUACUAAAAGUACAGAGGGAAAUGGCUGUGGAAAGCAUGAAUGUCCAUCAAUCUUCCCCAACAACCUCCAACCAUGAACACAGCAACAACGUCCUCACUGACGAAAGCAGGGAGCAUCAGGAGCUGGAGGAAGGGGAGCUAGAAGAUGACGGAGGGGAGGUGGAGAGCCCCAAAGCCGGGGAGCCCCAGGAGAAAACGGGGGGCCGCGGGAGAGAGAGGGAGAGGCACGGGAGCGGCUCGGAGGACGACAAGUCUCACCGACGCAAGAGGAAGAGGAGGAAAGAGAGAGAGAAGGAGAAGGAGAAGAGGAGGGCGAAGAAGAGACGAAAAUCCAAACACAAACGCCACGCUUCCUCCAGCGAUGAGCACUCCGAAUUCAGCGACGAGUCGGACUACAGCCCCGGCGAAAAGGGCCUUCGCAAAUACAGGGAGUACAGCCCCCAGUACCCCCCCCAGGCACUACAACCUCACCCGGGGUACCUCCCACCCCCUCACGGCGGCCCCAUGCCCAAAAAGGGGAGCUACAUGAAGCUGGAGAAGCCGGGUGGCUACGGGGGCUACGAUAAGUACGAAGAGGAGAACUUCGAAGGGGGAGGGGGGGAGGAGGAGAUGGGAGACGAGGAUUACGAUGACUUCACCAAGGAGCUGAACCAGUACCGCAAAGCCAAGGAGGGGACGGGGGGCAACCGGGGGAGAGGUGGUAAAGGUCGCGGGAAGAACCAGAGAGGUCGAGUGGGAAGGGGAGGAGGAAUGAGAGGAAGAGGCGGGCGAGGAGGCGGGCCUAGGGGCAGGGGGCGGGGCAAGAUGGGCGGGGAGAACGAGGACGGAGAUGGAAUGUACUGUGAGGAGAGGGAGUUCGGAGAGGAAGACUUUGACCACAUGGGUGACGAAGAGUUUGACGAUUACUCCAAAGAGCUGAACCACUACAGGAGGAAUAAAGAUGGGCCAAACAGAGGGAGAGGUGCUAAAGGAGGACGGGGGCGUGGCCGAGGGGGAAAGGGGGGCCGGGGGAUGAACCGAGGACGGGGGAGGAACAACCGGGGGAGGGGGAGAGGAGGGGACUGCGGGGGUCACGAGGAGGAGAACAACGGAGACAUGGACAUGGGGGACUGCGGCCCGCGCAGGAACGACCAGGACAAGUCCCACCAGCAGGUCUCGGACAAGAAGGGCAAAGUGAUCUGCAAGUACUACAUCGAGGGCAGGUGCACCUGGGGGGAGCACUGCAACUUUAGCCACGACAUCGAGCUACCCAAAAAGAAAGAACUGUGCAAGUUCUAUAUCACAGGCUUCUGUGCAAGAGCUGAGAACUGCCCUUACAUGCACGGUGACUUCCCAUGCAAGCUGUUUCACACCACUGGGUCCUGCGUGAAUGGAGACGAAUGCAUGUUCUCCCACGAGAACCUCUCUGAGGACACACAAGACCUGCUGAAUAAGUUGUUAGCUGAGGACGCAGAAGCCGGCGCGGAGGAUGAGAAGGAGGUGGAGGAGCUGAAGAAGCAGGGCAUCAACCCGCUCCCCAAACCUCCUCCUGGGGUGGGCCUGCUCCCCACUCCCCCCCGGCCCCCUCCCUCCGACCCCAGCUCUCCUGGAGGGGGUCCCUGCGACUCUCCAGGGGGUUCCGGGCCCGGAUCAGCCCCCUGUCCGGUACCAGGGGGCCCUGGGGGAGGACCUUGCCCAGGACUGGCACCACCUCCUGGGCCACCGCCCCCCCAGCCCAUGCCUCCCCCCCAGCCCUGCCUCAACAACAUGCAGAAGAAGAUUCCCUCCCUGUUUGAGAUUCGGGUGCAGCCCACCGGCCAGCUGGCACAGAAACUAGGAGUGCGACCCCCAGGCGGCCCUCAAGGCCCUCCCCCACCCGGGCCCCCUCCUCCGGGCCCCCCACCCCCCCACUUCCAAGGACCGCUGGGCCCUCCAGGACACAUGGGGCCCGGACCCCCUCCAGGGCCCCCAGGAAUGAGGCCCCCCGGCCCGAUGCCCCACGACAUGUCGAUGGGGCCCCCAGGCAUGAACCAGGGACCUCCUCCGAUGGGCCCCGGGCCCCCGAUGAUGCCAUUCGGACCAGGCGACGGACCCCCUCAAGGCAUGAUGCCCCCGGGCCCCCCACCACCCUACUUUGAGAACUUUGAGAACUUCUACCCUCCUCAGCAGGGCAUGGAGAUGGAGCGAGGGGGAGAACAAGAAGACGAUUACGGAGACUACGAGGAGAUGGAGCAGGGGGACGACUCGAUGGGGUUCAUGGACCAGCCUCUCCCGGACCAGGGCUCCAUGAUGGGGCUCGACCCGGGGGCUGGGCAGGGUCCGAACCAGCCAGGGAUCCCGGACUUCCUGCCCACGGCCCAGCGGGCUCUCUUCAUGAGGAUCCAACAGAAACAGCAGCAGGCAGAGGAGCGGGCGAGGAGGCUGGCAGAGGGAGGAGGAGAGAGAGACGCGGAAGGUGACACGGCUAACUGGUACUCCAGCGAGGAAGAGGACGGUGGCGGCAGUGUGACCUCCAUCCUCAAAACCCUUCGCCAGCAAACACAAGCGGGCAAGCUGCCAAACCAGCCUCCCCCUCCCCACCCCACAGACCCCAGCCCUGGGGGUCUCAACAACCCUCGCCCGGCCACAACCAACCCAGCAGCAGCGACAACAGCGGCCGCCACAAGCCGUCCGGCUGACCCCCGACUGUCCCGGGACCCCCGUCUCACCAGGACGGGCGAGACCAGCCAGAGUGACCCCCCUGCGGACCCCCGCCUAGCCCGCCACGCCCCGCCCCCGAAACCAGACCCCGCCCCCCACCACAGGGCCCCUAGCGGCCCGCCGGACGAGGAGGAAGGGGAAAGGGUCUUGCGUGACAAGCCUGUCCCCAUCCCCUCGGAGCCCGUGCUGGGCCAGGCUCUCAAGGACCCCCGGUCCCAGCUGCAGCAGUUCAGCCACAUCAAGAAGGACAUUGUCCUCCUCAAGCCCAGCUUCUCCAAAUCGGUGCUCUGGAGCCCCGAGGAUUUGAUACCCCUGCCCGUGCCCAAGCAAGACUUCCUCCCCUUGCCUCCCGGGAUCCCCCCAGUGACAGCGGUGGACCCCAGACUGAACCGAGCCCAGCAGCAGCGAGAGCACACGGCCCCCCCCGUUCCUCCCCCUCCUCCUCCUCUUCCUCCUCCUCCCUCGAUCCCCCCUGCCCAGCCCGAGCCGGCCGCCCUCCCGGACUUCGAGCUCCUCUCCCGGAUCCUGAAGACGGUCAACGCUGCUUCCGGGCAGGCGCCCCUCCCCCAGGUUCAGCCCCCGCCCUCCGCCCCAGCGGACAAACCCGUUGACCCGCGGAUGGCACGAAAGCACCCAGCAGACCCCAGAUUCCAAAACCAGAAACCCGCGGUGAAAACAGCGGGCGAAGCUUCGUCAGCCGGCUCCGCUGCUACUGCAGUUACUGCUGCUGCUGCUUCCCCCCCAGUCAUUGCUCAACCAACUCAGCCAGCAGCGUCAGCCAUCGCCCCUUACGACCCCAGACUGCUUUCAGCUGGGGGUGGGGGGAGAGGAGGGGGAGGUGUGGGACUGGGUAGCGCCAGUACAGGUCAGAGCAGUGUGCUGAGCAGUAUAAGCCUGUAUGACCCCAGGACUCAGAGCACAGGGAGUGGGGGAGGAGGAGGUGGUGGGGGAGUAGGUAGUGGCGCCUCGACAGCUAAAUCCGAAAGCGGGAACACUGCGAACGGGAAUUGUUCCUCCGAUCCCAAAGCAGGCGAAGCUGGCAAGCCGGUCAAGCUGAAGGAGCCUCUCUUCAUGCGCAAGUCGGCGCUGGAUCAGCCGGAGACGGAGAAAAACGCUGGCUCAGAACAGGCCACGGACAGAUACAACAGCUACAAUAGGCCCAGGCCCAAGCCCGCGGCUCCGCCCCCGUCGGCCACGCCCGCGGUCGGAAUCACCAGCGACGGUUCUGCCGUUACCGGGGUCUCCAAUCCGGAAUCCGGACAACAGCCUGGGGUUCACAACCUCCCUGUGUCUUCCGUGUUCGGGUUGAAACAGGCGGCCAAAUCCGGGGGUACGGGGAGCCCCUUUGGUGGCAGCAGCCCCGCGCAGCCGGCAGACAGCGCCGAGCAAGACGCAGCCUCGCUAAAAGAGGUGUUCAAGGGGUUUGACCCCACCGCUUCUCCCUUCUGCCAGUGAAACGAUUCAAAGGACACGCAAAAAAACUGUUACAUUGACAAUGGGGGAGGACGGUUGCGAUCCUUCUUUUUGACUUCAAUCAGUGUUUGUUGGUACAACUUCAGUGGGAAUGGAGGGGAGAGGCAGGGGUGAAGUUUUUGUGCUUUUUAAAACGAACAAAGAAAAAUGUUUCUUAACCCAAAAAACUUUACAGAAACACUUGUUGAUUGUGUAUGAUUCAUACUUGUUUUGAACAUUGAUUUCCAUUGAUGAGAAUUAAUAACCGGACCUUUCUUUUUUUAUCUUUUAUUUUUGUUGUAAUAUUUCGUUUUUCUAUAUGGCUUCAGAUUAAUUUGUAAACUCUUUUGAGGAGCAUGUUUUUUAUAUUAUUACUCAGACUCUCGUCUUUUGUGGGGGGGAGAGGGGAGGGGGGGUUUUAAAAGCAUGCACUGCCACGUUAAUUCUCAUGAUAGAAGAAAAUAAAAAAAGCAGAUUUUCUUUCAUUUUUUUGGGGUGUUCAAAAGAAGAAAAUGCAGUUUUCUUUUUAAAUCUUUUCUAUCGCUUGUCUUUGGAGAGUCCGUCUUAUAAUAACCAUUAAUGCAUUUAAUUGUAUUUUAAAUGUUUUAGCUGUACUCAAACAACGUAGCAUUAUUUAAGGCAGUGGCAUUAUUACAUACUGGCUAAUCUUUUGAUGUCAGUGUGGGAAUUGAAAAUCUAACUGCAUAUACAGUACUUUUGCGACUAAAACUACAUUUUCCAAAUGCAUCUGUUUUACCGUCUUUAAAAUGUGUAUUGUUUUUUUUUUAUUGUAUUUAUUAUUAUUAUUAUUUUUUGUUUUUGUACACUUUAAAUACUCUUUAUGUAAUGGAAAGUUUGCCUGUAUAUAUUUAUAUAAAUAUAUCUGUAUUUUCUUUUUUGUUUGGGGGGCUCCAUAGCUCAUCUGAAAUUAUUACCCUGUAAAAAAAAAAAAAAAAUUGCAUCAAGACUUUCAAACUCAUUGAAACCCUUUGCACCUUCAUCCAUUGUUAUUAAACAUUAGAGCUGCAUGGACCUGUUUAUUCCACUGGCCAGUUCGAACUCUACAGGGCGAGGUUCGCUGGCGUCCAUCGGGCUGAUGCACCAUUCAGUGUGAAACGAGUGUAGAAACAGCUGCCUGGGUUUGUGUGGAUCGCUGUUCUCCUCCAGAGUCUAAGAACAGCAGCGAUCAUUACAAACCCAGGCAGCUGUUUCUUCACUCACGUCACUGAAUGUUAAAUGACCCUCAUCUGAUUUCUGUGGGUAGCUCCAUCACAAUGAUCUAAUCACUAUAUGUUGUGUGAAGUAGGAAUUUCGGUGGACUAAAAAGGGUUAAAACAGGUUUUGUAAUAAAAUCCCGGGUUGGAGUUUUGUAUGGCUUUUACUGACGGUGGAAUGUGAAAUAAAAUAUAAAAAUACCAGCUGA